UUAAAGGGAGUCUAACGGGGAGGGUGAUGGAUAAAUAACCCUGGAUCCACAGCGUAACCACUCUAAACAUCGCUACAUCACAUCCCGUUCUCUAGCUUCUCACGAUUCAACCUCCGUGUCUAACUACUAGUUCUUGUUGUUUAGAGAGGCAGAGAGAAGCGGUUCAGGGUUUUUCUUUCGCUUGUCCGCCAUAUCAACUUCCUCAGAGGGGUUUGUCUCUUGUCUCUCCUCUCCUGGAUUUAUUUCCCCAUCAAACUAACAGGCAGCUUCUCUUUGGCUACUGCGAGGGGUCGCUUCGGGGGAACUAUGGGGAAAGACUAUUAUAAAAUCCUGGGGAUAGUGAAAGGAGCGGCUGACGAGGACAUUAAAAAGGCGUACAGAAAACAGGCUCUGAAAUGGCACCCGGACAAAAACAAAGCGGCCAACGCCGAGGAGAAAUUUAAGGAGAUCGCCGAGGCAUAUGAAGUCCUCAGUGAUCCGAAGAAAAGGGAGAUCUAUGAUCAGUAUGGAGAGGAAGGUCUCAAAGGAGGUGGCGGCCCCGGCAACGGUCCAGACGGACAGGACAGCAACUUCACCUCUUACACGUUCCACGGCGACCCCCAUGCUACCUUCGCCACCUUCUUCGGCGGCGCCAACCCGUUCGAGAUGUUCUUCGGCCGUAAGGCCAACGGACGCGGUCCGGGCGGCGGGGACGACGAGGACAUGGAGGUGGACGGCAACGACCCGUUCGGUUCGUUCACCUCGUUUAACCUCAACGGGUUCCCUCGGGACCGCCACGUGGGGCUGGGCGGGCAGCAGAGGAGGAAGCAGGACCCGGCCGUUCAUCACGAGCUGCGGGUAUCCCUGGAGGAAGUGUUUCAUGGUUGCACCAAGAGGAUGAAGAUCAGCAGGAAGAGGAUGAACCCUGACGGACGGACCAUGAGGACGGAGGAUAAGAUUCUCACCAUAGAGAUUAAGAGAGGGUGGAAGGAGGGGACCAAGAUCACGUUCCCCAGAGAAGGAGACGAGUCGCCCAAUACCAUCCCUGCUGAUAUAGUGUUCGUCAUUAAGGACAAGCCCCACAUGCACUUUAGAAGGGAGGGGUCGGACAUCGUGUACCCGGUGAAAGUUAGUCUACGACAGUCGUUGUGCGGUUGCUCUGUGACGGUGUCUACGAUAGACGGGAAGACGUGUAACAUGAAGAUCACGGAUGUGAUAAAGCCAGGCAUGAAACAGACUGUAGCAGGACAGGGCCUCCCCUUACCCAAGAACCCUGAGCAGAGAGGUGACCUGGUGGUGGAGUUUGACGUCAACUUUCCAGAGAACCUCCCCAGCAACGCCAAGGAUGUCCUGAAGAGGCAUUUACCUGUAUCCUAGAAGAACAGACAUGGAUACAGACACCUGGACAACAGAAAGAAAGGGGUGACAUCAGCAUUCUCUCUCUCUCUCUCUCUCUCUCUCUCUCU